AUGGAAAAGCAUGAUAACUUUUUCAUCUUUAAUGACCCACAUUCCUCCCCUAAACCGAUCAUCAAAUCACAGUAUUUAUGCUUAACAACAAUAUUCUUUGGAUUUACUGCAGAAUUAUUUGUUCUUUUGACAGAAUUUAGGCAUUUGAAAGUAUUAUCACAUCAAUAUAAAGCAUAUUCAGCAGAAACAGAUUCCAUUGAUUACAAAAACUCGACGUUAGUUGCUUACUUGAUCAAAAUCAUCCUUUUAUACGGUUCAAUGUUUAUUUGCAUUUAUAAAUUAAAAUAUUUUUGGAGACACUUCCAUUCUAACACAAAAUUUUCAUUAUUAAUCUUCUUAUAUGCAGAAAAUGUUGUCAAUUUCAUUCCAUCUAUUCAUAAAACGUUUUUUGUCGAAAGAAAAUUCGGAUUUAACAAGACAACAAUACCAUUAUUCCUACGCGAUUUCACUCUUAAGCUAGUAAUGCACUUUUCUGUAUACGUUUUGUUCAUUGUUCCUGUUUGUUUCCGCGCAAAUAAAGUAGAUUUACCAGCUCCUUUGAAAAGGCGUACGAAAUUGCAUAUUGUAGAAUAUAAAGCCAAAGAUAUCGGUCAAAUCGAUGACAAUACAGAUGAAUUAUCUCCAGUUGACUUAAUUGGAAUGGGCGACGACGAUUCCGAAGAAGGCGAGGAUGGAAAUGCAUUUUUCGAGCAUGCUUCCAAUUUUUGGGCAUUUACAACCAUUCAUUUGUUCUUUAUUGUCCUUCUUUGCUCAUUUAUUUAUCCAUAUACAGACCAACUCUUCAUUACAAUGAAACCAUUACCAAAAGAUAACAAUACGAACAAAUACAAUGCCAUUAUGAGCGGUUUCAAACACAACAAUGGAAAAGAUUUACAAUUAUUGGUUCCAACACGAAAUACGCAUAUGAGCUACGGAAUUCAUGGUUACUGGUCUGCCAAACCAUUUAUUUCUGAGCAAAUGAUAGAGCUUUUCCAAUUAGAUGAGUUAAAAGCAAUCGGAAAAAUAUUGAAUACACAAAUGAAGACAAAAGCAGGUUUCAACAUACUCCGUAUAUCAUACAACCUGUUCCCAGUUAUUUUCUAUGGCAUGAUCUUCAGACAAAUCAUGAGAACCGGAGUUGCACCUUAUGGCGUCCAAAGAGGUCGGCCAAUUGCAAUUGUAUGCUUUAUUUCGUUUUGUUUCUUCUACACCUGCCAUGUUUUCGCACAGACAUUUAUAUUUAUCGUUGAAAGAAAAGCGGUAAUAGAUACUGACAUAUCUGUAGCGAAGAAAGGGUAUAAUAUUAAGAAUGCCUUGAUAAAGAUAUAUAGGAUCAACCAUGAAGCCGUGUCUCCAAGCCUUUUGUUCAGGAAUUUUUAUGAUUCAAUUCCUCCUUUGGCUGAAAGAGUCGACAAGAUAGAGAAAUAUAUUAGUAGUAAGCCACAACUGGCAUCAAGUCUAGAAAAUCUUCAAAAAUAA